AUGUGUUCAAAACACAUCAGGAGCUCCAUCCGGGCCGAGCGAGCGCGGAGUCCCGUGCGAGACGGGCUGCGGCCCCGCGUUCAGCCAAGUAAAGGGAAGAAAGGAAAAGGCCGGGGCAAGUCUCGCGGGAAGAAGCAGAAGAAGCCGGAGGUGGACAUCCUCAGCCCGGCGGCCAUGCUGAACCUCUACUACAUUGCCCACCAUGUGGCCGACUGCCUGGACCUGCGGGGCUUUCCCUGGCCAGGUGCGGUCAAAGGGAAAAAGGGCAAAAACAAGACUUAAGCAAUGGAAGCCGAGAGUAUCUUAGAACAGAACAUCGGUGAGAGAAGUCAGGAGAACCCAAUGACUGCGCAAAAUACACUUUACCCGGAACACCAAGAAAUGCUUGAUCUGUGUACCUCUCUGUGGUAAAUAGUGGUAAAUGUGCUUCACUUCCUUGGCUAAGCUGCCUGUGGUUAGCCACUUUGGUUAUUCAGAACACUCGGGGUGGGGGGAGCCUGAGAGAUUCCUACAACAGUGUGGUAGAAUCAAUAGUGCUUUAAAAAAAUUACUAAAAUCAUAAUUCUGGACCAGAAUUAAACCUUGCUCUCAAAA